GUGAGGAGGGGUGAGGGCAUUACAUUCCUGUUCCUCUUAGACUUUUGACCUCUGUCCUAACAGCAAUGGUUAGAAUUCAAACGGUUGAAAAAUGGUUUACAAACGGUUGGUAAUAAGGUGUCUCUUGACUCUCUCCUACUGUUGAAGAAAGUUGAUUAAUCUCCAGCAUCUGUAGAUCAUUAGCCUGAGGAUAUGCUGCCUUGUUGACGUAUCUCCCCUGUCCUCCUUCCUCACCCAUUCUCCCCAGGUCUCCCUUCUCCUCCAGUCAUGUCCUCCCCAACGAAUGUGUCUGAGGACCAGCUCCAGUGUCCCAUCUGUCUCCAGGUCUUCACUGAGCCCGUCUCCACGCCAUGCGGUCAUAACUUCUGCAAGGCCUGCAUCAACCAGUUCUGGACCGACCAGACGGCGCCGGGCUGCCCGUGCUGCCGGCAGCCCUGCAGACCCUCGGAGAUCAGGGUGAACACCGGCCUGCGGGACAUCGUGGAGCGCUUCAUCAACAACCGAGAGGAGGAGGGCUCCGUGGCCUUGCCGGGGCAGGUGCCUUGCGACGUCUGCCGUGGCUCCAAGCUCAGGGCCCUGAAGACCUGCAUGGUGUGUCUGGUGUCCUACUGCCGCCGCCACCUGGAGCCGCACCGCAGGGUGCCCGGCCUCAUGAGGCACCAGCUGGAGGAGCCGCUGCAGAACCUGGCCGGCCGCGUGUGCCAGAAGCACAACAAGGUGCUGGAGGUGUUCUGCAGGGAGGAGCAGGUGUGCGUGUGCGUCCUGUGUAUGAAGGAGGAACACCUGACCCACCAGACCGUCUCCCUGGAGGAGGAGGCCGCAGAGAGGAGGACUGGUCUAGCAGUCAGGGCGCUCCAAAUGAAGGAGCAGGUGAAACAUAAAGCCUCUGAGAUUCAAGACGCAAAGAAGUGUAUGGAGGACAGGAGGAGGGAGGUGGAGCUGAACACGCAGGAGAGCGUGGUGGCUCUUAAAGGUCUUGCUAUGUAUGCUCAGGCCCACAUUAAGCAGAUGCUCGAAGUGAUGAAGGAGAGGCAGAAGUCAGAGGGGGCAAAGGCUACACAUCAUCUCAGAAAGCUCCACUUGGAGCUCGCGGAGGUCCACCAGAAGAGCAAGGAGAUGGAGGAGCUCUGCCAGACCAAGGAUCUCCUCCUCCUCCUCGACGGCUCCUCCUCCUCCCCUGGGCCCCUGCCCGCCCCCCCGGCUCCCGGGGGCCCCACCGGGGGCGCCGUCCGGCAGCAGCCGCUGUGGGCGGCGGAGGUGAAGGCGUUGGUGCAGAGCGUGGAGGAGACUCUGGGCAAGGAGAUGAAGAGGGUCCUGGCUGUGGAGGAGGACGAGCUGAAGGUCCAUCAGCGCCACUGGGUGGAGGUGGACCUGGACGCUGACACCGCCCACCCCGGCUUGGUCCUCUCCCAAGAUCAGAAAGGAGUGAAGGACGAAGGGCUGCUGACACAAGACCCUCUCCUCAAAAACCCCAAGAGGUUUGACUCCCACCACUGUGUUCUGGCCAAGAAGGGCUUCUCAUCGGGGCGUUUCUACUUCCAGGUGGAGGUCAGGGGUCAGACGGGGUGGGAGGUGGGGGUGGUCAGAGAGUCCAUCCAGAGGAAGGGUCCCUGUAUCAACCUUCUGCCCGAGCAGGGCGUCUGGACCCUGGGUCUCUACGAUGGGCAGUACCAGGCCAACGCCAGGCCUCCAGCGCCCUUCCUUCAGGGGCAGCAACCGCAGAAUGUGGGGGUAUCUGUGGACUACGAAGGGGGCUGCGUCUCCUUCUACGACGUGGACUCCAGGACCCUGAUGUACUGCUUCAGCGGCUGCUGCUUCAACGCCUCACGGUUCAGCAAGCGCCCCUACUACUACUGCAACAGAACCACCAUCCUCCCCUUCUUCCGGCCCAGUGACAGACCUGGCGAUGGCCUUCUGACUAUCAGUCCCGUCCACCAGCACUGAGGUUCAGGUGUGUGAGACGCACAGGGUAGAGGGGGCCGUCAACCCCCUGCCCACCGGGUCCCAGCCCCACGGUGUGGGUCGUACAGGACUUCUCCUCCAGGGCAUCAGGGGCUGCUGGCUGUUGGGGCGUUAGGGAUCCCAGAUCAACACAACCUUUACCUCUCACACCUUUAAAGGUCGGAGGGUUUGGUUGAUACUCAAACAAGCAAUUAGAAAUUCGGAUAAACAAUAAUUGUGCUGUGGUAGAAAUUAUAACCGAAUUCUAUCACUUCAACUAACUAAUAACAUGAGGAAUCGGGGAGUCCGGAUCAAGUAAUGACAGAGACUUUAUUGUUACCCGCAAACGAGAAACAACAAUGCCGAGUGAGGUUUGCAAAGACACUGCCGGGUCAUCCGAUCCCGGUCUUUCUUAUCCUUUCAAACUGAGCUGCGUUGCAUAUCAUAUGACCGCCCUCGGUACAUGCUCAGAAUUGCGUUAUUGAUAAGGACGGUCAGCCAUACAUUCCUUUAAGCAUGUUGCAUCACCUGCAGUCAAUCUAAACAAUGGGAGGACGUCAAUACGCCUUAGCCCCAGACUGCAUGGCUCAGUAUGAGGCCCAGCUCUGAGUCCAGAGGUGGUUCUUUCUGCUUUCCACCAUUAAGGUACGGCCACACCAAACGCGUUACUCGCGUUUGGGGCGUCGAAAAUCUGCAUUUUUGCAUAAGGAACCAUUGGUAUAGGCGCGUAGACGCGUAACACGCGUUGAAGCGUUGGGUUUGGGGCGUUAGACGCGGCAAACGCACGUAAUUACGCACGUAAACGCAGUAACGUGCCCAACGCACCAACGCCCGGAGUUCAAAAAAUUUAACUUUCAUCGCGCGACUUUGAAAAUUGAACUUUCAUCUACGCGUGACGCUUAGCCGCGAUAGCCAAUCAGCGUGGAGCUUGACCCGACGUCACUGGCAGAGAAUAGUGACGCUUGCACAGAAGCAUACGGCCGACAUCUUUCUUUAUUCUGGGUGGAAAUAGUAACAUAGUUACGCCAUUAAAUGCGUUUUUGGAAACAUUUUUAGCGAGAAAUGUGCAUUUUACUUUCAUAAUGUUCGCUCGGUGAAUGUGAAGGAUGUUUGGUUUGAUAGGUAUGACGAAGAGGGAACGCUCCGUUCACUUGCAUGGACAUGGACUCAUCUAGCUGCGUUGGCGCGUUGACACGUUGGAAGAGUUGAACCACCACACACUGAUGAAGCGUCAGGUUAGGGGCGUUACUUGCGUUAUCCAACGCGAGUAACGCGGU